AUAACACAAAAACCUUAUUCGAUUAUAUCGUAUGAGCAAAUGUUAUAGUAUACCUUGGAUUGUUAUUAUAACAUACGUUUACCAGUUACAGAUAACAUGUUGUGAAGUUUCGUUGACUUAUUACGUAAUUGUACGUUUAACUAUAAGUUACCAGAGUAGUGCUUAAUAAUCUGAGCUGAACUUACUAAAACUUUCGUACAUUCUUGAAUACUUAUUCAACUUUCAAGCCGUAACUGACUUGAGAAAGAAGUCUGACUAACUUAUUUAUUUGUACAAACUCCCAGUCCAAUUUUUUUUCCUAAUGACGAAACAUGAAAGUGAAAUAGAUCUUUAACGUUAGAUCUUAUGCAACACUUAGCCAGUAAUUUAAAUUAUUUAACGGAAGGUUUCAAAAGUGGAAUAUCCUCCCUGAUGAAUUUAGCUGGUGAAGGUGGGGAUCCCAACAGUGGAGUAUUUUUCGUCAAUUUCAAUCAAGACUGCACAUCCCUUGCAGUCGGAACCAAGACUGGGUACAAGUUGUUUUCUCUGAAUUCUGUGGAUAAAUUUGAAAAGAUUUAUGAAAAUGAUAAUGAAGACAUCUGCAUUGUGGAGAGGCUUUUCUCUUCAAGUCUUGUGGCUGUUGUCAGUCUUUCUUCUCCUCGCAAGCUCAAAGUCUGCCAUUUCAAGAAAGGAACAGAAAUUUGCAAUUACAGCUACUCUAAUACUAUCCUAGCUGUCAAAUUAAACAGAGUUCAAGCUAAAAUCAUGAUACCAGCCCAUGAUAGCCCUUUAGCAUCAAUGACUUUUAACCCUUGUGGAACCAAAAUUGCCACAGCAUCAGAAAAAGGCACAGUAAUUAGAAUCUUCAGUAUAAUAGAUGGAGUGAAACUCUAUGAAUUCAGAAGAGGAGUAAAGAGAUGUGUUAGCAUAUACUCAAUGUCAUUCAGUCUAGACUCUAAUUUUCUCUGUGUGUCGAGUAAUACAGAAACUGUGCACAUAUUCAAAUUGGACGAUCCAAGAGAAGUAAGGUGUGUGGAGGAACCUCAAGGUUGGAUGGGGUAUGUAGGGAAAGCUUUGAUGCAGUCAGCGAGCUAUCUACCUACUCAAGUAACAGACAUGUUCAACCAAGGGCGGUCAUUCGCCACUGUUCAUCUUCCUUUUUCUGGUUUAAAAAAUGUGUGUGCCUUGGCUUUAAUUCAGAAGAUAGCAAGAGUACUGGUAGCUUCUGCAGAUGGAUACUUGUAUAUUUAUAAUUUGGAGCCAGGAGAAGGAGGAAACUGUACCCUUGUUAAACAACACAGGUGUGUUACAUCUAUAGUCUAAGCUAAAGUCAGAAGU